CCGGCGCGGCGGGGCCGUGGGGGCCAUGGCCGACAGCAACGCCGACUGGAUGGGCUCCCUGCCCGCAGCGCUGCGCGCCCUCCCGCUCUCCAACCUCGCCAUCCCGGGAUCACAUGAUUCUUUCAGCUACUGGGUUGAUGAGAAAUCUCCUGUGGGACCAGACCAAGCCACAGCCAUCAAACGUUUGGCCAGAAUUUCCUUGGUCAGAAGGAUCAUGAAGAAAUGGUCAGUGACUCAAAAUCUGACUUUCAAAGAGCAGUUGGAAGGUGGGAUCCGCUACUUUGAUCUUCGUGUAUCUUCCAAACCUGGGGAAAUAGGACAAGAGAUUUACUUCAUUCAUGGCUUGUUUGGCAUCACAGUAUGGGAUGGGCUGAAGGAAAUUAAUACCUUCCUUGAGCAGCACCCCAAGGAAGUAAUCUUCUUGGAUUUCAAUCACUUCUACGCCAUGGGUGACAGCCAUCACCACUUCCUGAUCAACAGGAUCCGCUCAGCGUUUGAAUCCAAACUUUGUGCUGUUGAAUGUGUGGAAUAUGUGACGUUACAGUACAUGUGGGAGAAGAAACACCAGGUUCUCAUAUUUUACCACCACCCUUUGUAUGAGGAAUACCCCUUCCUGUGGCCAGGUAAUAAAAUGCCAGCACCGUGGGCUAACACAACCAACGUGCACAAACUGUUGCAGUUCCUGGAGACCACACUGGAGGAACGAAGUCGUUACGGGACUUUUCACGUUUCUCAGGCAAUCCUCACGCCUCGAGUGAAAACUAUUGCACGGCAUCUUGUUCGUGGUCUGAAGAACACACUUGUUCACAGGAACCUGCCCAUGAUUUUGAAUUGGGUGAAAGAGCAGAAGCCCGGUGUUAUGGGUGUUAACAUAAUUACAUCGGACUUUGUGGAGCUGGUUGACUUUGCUGCUACAGUUAUUGCACUGAAUGACCUCCUUUUAGAAGAGGAUGAAUCUACAUCUAAAUCCUGAUUGCUGUAUCCUGCUUGUGCUCCUCAGUGGACAUCUUUGAACUAUGCUCAGUGUUUUACUUAUGAAGUGAAACCCAUUGUAGUCUCCAUUUAUUUAAAAAAAAAAGUGUCCUAGAGGAAACGUGGUUAGACAUCACGUACAGCCGGGUCCCCGCUCCUGGUGAUGUGUGGACCUGAGUGGAACAAAGUGCUGUCUGAGUGCUGCUGCGUGUCUGUCUGUGCUAAGUGUUUGACUAAGUUAUGCACACAUCUGCUGCCGUCUGCCGUGGUCUCUGCCUGCCGAAGAGAGGCUGGCCUCUGGAGCAGAUGUACCCGAUUGUGGGGCACAUCUCCCUGGUGACUAGGCUCACCAUGCCCUUGUGUGUGAAUCCUGCUUGUUUCCCAUCACCAGGGCUCACUCCAAGGAUUGCUGCUGAUCCCAUAGCAGUGUGGCCAGGCUGGAUGAGAUGGUAUUGUUCUUGGGCCACCUCAGGCAUAGCUGCUGCUGUGGUCAUUAUGCUGUUCUAGACACUACCUCUGACUUACUUGAAGGGACAAUAUUGCCAUUGUUCAGGGGGAAGCUGUUAACACUGUUAAAUAUCCAAACUGUCCUUUGGACCUGAGAGGUGAAGGCUUGUCCCACUCUUCCUCUUUGGAGUCCAAAUGCUUCUUCUGGACCUCUUUAUUUUACUUUAAUACUUCAAUACAUUUAUUGCAA